GUGGAACCUCUUCCCUCCCCAGUGCAAACUCCCUCUGCUCAUCCUCCCUCUUCUCCUCAUCCUCAUUCUCAUUCUCAUUCUCAUCCUCAUUUUCAUUUUCAUUCAUCUCUUUCACAUCUCCUGGCGAAAACAGCCAUAGAUCCUUUUCCCCUCCUCCGCAUCGGCCCCCCUGUCGUGCACACCCUCUGGCACAUCCUCUGGCACAUCCUCAGGCACAUCCUCUGGCACCAUGGAUGGUACAGGCCUCCACAGCAUGCCACGGCUCCCUCCGACCCCGACAGAAGAGGCCUUCAUCCCCCGACCGCACUCCUCUGCCUCACAGGUCGCCCCAGCGUUCCCCGCUGGCUAUAUCAGACAUGGGCCCUCGCCUCUAUCAGCUUCGCCCUCUCAGAGCCGUGCCCAGCACUCGCGCAAGCACCAGUCCCAGGACCACCCUUAUUCAUACGGCAACGGACCUCGUACCUUUUCUUUUUCCCUCUCAUCGCCCUCUAUCACCACCCGACCCCAACGACUAUCCUCCCCCCCACCAUCGUCCCCUACUACGCCCUCGACGCCUUCAAACAUCAACCACGCCUCUCAGUCCAAUGACCAAGGUGAACAAGAGUAUCCGCAGAACCCUCAAGGCACAUAUCAUGCCUAUGCCCCUCAUCCCCACUCGCCAACACCAUUGCGGCCAUCCUCCCCAGGCUCACCUCCUCGCCUCCCGUUCUCGCUCUCGUCUCGCUCUGUGCAACCAUCAUCUCCACAGCACAACGACUAUUAUGAACACUCGAGCCCUCAAAUGCCUUACCGAAGAUCGUUGGAUAAUCUCACCCGUCAAAGACCUCCCUAUCAUUUGCCUCAGGGACGCCACGACCCAUGGGGCACUGCAAUCCGUGUUGAGUCUCCCGUACCGCUCUCGGACUCUGAUGAGGGCUCCAAAAGCGACCCUCAAGAGUCCGAACCAGACAGACGGCCGCACCGGUCUACCAGCAAAGGCUUUAUUGGACGGCUUCGGGUGUCGACAAGCACACUAAACUCAGCUCCAGCUAGUCCCUUGGGCGAUACAUUCCAAAACAGACCGAGUUUAGAGUUGGAGGAAGUGACUAGAAAUAGCCAGGACUCACAGUUAGAGGCAAUGAUGAUAGCGGCGCGUCUGAGUCGAACCAGAAGUAACGUGCAGGACAUAUCGGACGAGGAGCGACAGGAGCCCAGGAGGACUCGACCGUCCUGGCGCCCGUCUUUAUCACUUAUACGACAAGAGAGCUCUAGCUACAAUAUCCCUACGACGCAUGAUCAACGGCGGUAUCCGCAAAACGAUCAGCGCCGGAUAUCGGAAAGACCAGAGCAGCGCGAGAAACAACCCAAGAGGAAGGCGAAGGGUCGUAGGAAGAAGCGAAGGGUAAAGAAGGAGAAGCACCAGUCUGAACAACAGCAACCGUCACUGGAGCUCGGCUAUGGUGGUUCAAGAUCCGAGAAAGCGCUACCGGGUCUGGUGGACGUUCUUGCCAAGAGAACGCGGUAUCCCCUUGGCUAUGAUGACUUUGAGGCCUUUUUGAGGAGUCAACGUGCCGUAGAGUAUCUUAAUUUCUGGGCCGAUGUCACUGCCCAUGAGCAGCUUUGUAGGACCUUCGAUAUCUCUGAAUCCCGACGGAAACGCGAACAAGUGCUCGAGGAUAACCCAUUCACUCGUGACAGGAGACGGGGUUCGUACUCUGCGGGCUACCAGAAUAGAUAUCUCCCGUCAGACCACGAGGAUACCGCACAUGGGCAACGAGCGCUGCUCAGAAACGGGCCCUACGAUGGAUACAGAACGAAUGGACAUGGAUUGAAUGGUUCGAGUCUUCAUCGUACCAGUCGAUCAAGUCUGCAGCUGGCACCACCAUCACACGACCAUCGGCCCUACCCUGCAGAAACACAUCGUCGUAAUUAUGGGGUCCAGGAUUCGUCCUUGCCGCUCUCGUCGCCCUUGCCACUCUAUCUUCCUCAGCGGCGCGGAUCAGAGCAGCGGGCAGCUGGCUCAUACAAUCGACUCUUGACCGGUGUGAGCGCACGGAGGCCGUCCCUGGAGGAGAGUCAACAGUCCUUAGAGGAACCGUUACAGGAGCACAGCGAUAGCCACUCAAUAUCCCAACCUGGCAAUGCAGAUAAACAAUACCGCUUUGGAUCGACCGAUGCUCUGCCAGACAGGAGAGUUACAAGGAGACGGUCGUCUAUUACGGUGGAUUAUCACAGCAACGGCAUAAGGCGCGUGAGCUCGCAGCAGUUCUUGGCUCCGCGAAGACAGGGCUCGAAUGCGCAGGACGAGAUAGCUCAGCUGGUGGAGGUGGUUGAGGAUUUUAUGUCACCAGACCAAUCGAGUGGCCAUGACACCGCCGCCAUCAACGAUCUCAUACCCAGGCGCCAAAUGUCGAAGCAAUCGUUGCAAAUUGCCGAGCCCAUUGCCUUACUCAAGAAGGCUUCGGUUAUCGGAGCCGACAGCGGUGCGGUAGGUCCGCUCCAACCACCCCUGUCCAUUUCCCGUCGAUCGGGCGACAGCUUUCAUCAAUCUGCCCAGCCAUCGAGCGUGCACAGUACAAUUCAAGACGGUGGACGAGCGCUUUUGUUCCAGAGUUAUAGGACAAUCGGUCUGGAGGAUCUGGAAGAGUCCGCACUCAGGAUCUACCGCAAGUACUUGGUCCAACUACGCACGGCUUCUAUGGCUAUGGAGGAGACUGCUGCAGUUACGUCAAAAACGUCAGAAGAUCCGAAAACACUUGAUCUCAGCAAAGCGGAGAAGAAGAAUUCUUCUGAAUAUGGAUAUGCAGAGCAGGUGAUUGCGGGGUGGAACGACAAAUGGCGAGGUCGAGGUGCGGAGGCUCGGCAAUCGAGGCGAUUGCAAGAGAGAGGAAUCUCUUUGGACAGGAGAGCGAGCGUUGGCAACAGAGUGGACCAUGAGGCCGUCCAGGAUGGAUCGCACUCGCGAGCCAGCAACGGUGUUCAUGCGGCGAAUGCGGGCUCUGAAGAGAAGACAGAAUUUUCGGGUGAAGAAGCACACGACGGCGACAGUACUGGUCAGGAUCGUAAGGAGAAUAAGGUCAACUCUGCAGCAGCGAAAGUACGGCCGGUGAAACUGGAGAGGACAACGACAGCGACCGGCAUCACCGCAUUUUUGGCGCGGCUGUUGGGAACGGAAACGACGGUUGUGGACUUGCCCACGCUGACGAUCAAUACCACGACGGUUACGAAGGAUAUAGACGAAACAGACGAUAGCGAGUAUGAUGAUGAGGAGGAUGACGACGACGAUGGCGAUGAGGAAGAAUACGACAGCGACGAUGAAGAUGACCAGGAGGAUGAUGAUGAGGACGUCCUCGAUGCCGAACGGUUUUUAGAGAGUCUGGGGAUCGUACAUCAGCAUGGUCAAGACAUGAAGCGCCCUGGGCACUUCAACGACGACACGAAGGGCAACUCAUCCGUGGGUGGUCCACCCGUCCUUGAGACUGGUGCGGGCGGAUCUGUGAUUCAGCUGAGGCAGGCCUUCGAGACAGCGACAGCAGGGCAGCCUCAAGGCAGACCGCAACCCGUCAAGGAAUUCAGUGUUCAGCCUUUGCGCACUGGUUCUGGCCUGCAGCAGCAACUCAGAAAAACUGCUUCUGGUCCAUUGUCGGCACCAGUACCUUCAGAAUCCACAUCAGCGCCGCAGCCACAGCCACAGGCACAGCCACAAUCGCAGCUACAGGCACAGCCACAGGCAUUGAAAACGGAAGCCUUCUCGAGUUCAGGACCUCCAACACAGGUCAUUUCACACUCGCCUGCAGCAGCGACAUUCUAUCUCCCAUUAGAAUGUCGUCGGCGGAUCCACAUGCAGAUCCAGCAAGAAGGUCGAAGGGAUGGCACGCAUGUCUUUGGGGCUGCCAAGGGGUUCGUCGUGGACGUCGUUCUGCAGGACCACUAUUUCCCAUUGUUCCUCAAAUACGCGACCAAGCAGAACCUGGGGCUGUUGCACCAGAACCAUGUCAAUAACCGGAUCAAACAGCGCGGGAUGAUCGCGGUCGGGAUUAUGUUGUGGAUUGUGGUACUGGUGGUGCAGGUGGUAUUGGUGGCGAUGGACUGGGGUGGAUGGACGAGGCCAUGGGUGUGGGUCGUGGGGGUGGUGGCAGGGUGGCCUGGAACAGUAUGUUUUGUAACGGGGAUCCACGGGUUCUCACCUGUGCUUGGCUUGAUUGGGAAAGAGGCUGAAGAUAGACAUGUGUUCAGGUUCAGGCGGGUAAUGGAACCAUCGAUCCGAACGCUGCACCGGAAGAAGGCCAUCUGGAUGCUGUUUUGGUGUCUGUUCUGGACAGUGGUCGCGACCAUCAUCUUUGCGGCACUUCCACAGCGGCAGGCAUAGUUUUAUUGUUUUAUUUUUGUUGUUGUUGUUUGCUUUUUAGAAUACAUACAUAUUAAUUUAGCUCUUUUGAACGUCUAUCGACAAUAAGAUGUCCUCCUAGACGACGCGUUCUCUGCAAUAACAAAAAUACUGCAGGAAAGUGUGUAACUCGCAUUGGGAAGGCAUUUUUUUUUUUCCAAGUAACAAAGCGAACUGUUUUUAUUCAGGG